GCGAAAAGGAGUGGGCUGAAGUACACUCAUAUUAAUCUGAAAGCAAUCGUUUAAUGGCUGCAUUAUUUAACAAGUUGGGUUAUCGCGUUUUCUCCUCACUCAUUUUGACUUUUUCCACAAAAUCACCGUCGAGACUGCAGUGAGAAGUUCGUAGCAAAGUUGUUUUUUCUUCAUAUAAAGGGGCUUUUUCAGGUGAUGUUGACAGGAGACGCACCAACUAAAGUCUCGGCUUGUUUUAUCGAGAUACUUUUGGACUGCUGAAGGUUUCGUGUCACCUGGGACAGAUUUCACUUCCUCAUCGGGGCUUUGGUUUGUUUUUUCGCCUCGAUAUCAACUGUCGGUAUUUUUUUGGGGUGAAUGGGAAUUUGUGUGCUGUCGCUCAGAUGAAAAGGCUCUUCGGACAGUAAACAAGUCACCUGUUAUUACCCGAAACGUCUCGGUUUUUGCCUGAAAAAAAGGUACUGCAUGUUUGUGUGUGUUACCAGCUCUAAUGUUAGCAGCUAGAAAACAUCAUCCCCUGUGAGAGGAUUGAACCGCCUCACCAUGACGGAGGUGCAGACUCCAUGGCCGCAGGGCACAGAGUGUGUUGCCAGGUACAAUUUUAAAGGCACAUCAGAACAGGACCUGCCCUUCAACAAAGGAGACGUGUUGAGUAUUAUUAUCGUCACCAAGGAUCCAAACUGGUACAAAGCUAAAAAUGUUGCCGGUCGCGAGGGAACGAUUCCUGCCAAUUAUGUUACGAAAAGAGAAGGUGUGAAAUCAGGAGGGAAGCUGAGUUUGAUGCCAUGGUUUCAUGGGAAGAUAACUCGGGAACAGGCAGAGCAGUUGCUUGUCCCUCAUGAAACCGGCCUGUUCUUGGUGCGAGAGAGCACCAACUUCCCCGGCGACUAUACCCUGUGUGUGAGCUGCGAAAGCAAGGUGGAGCACUAUCGCAUCGUCUACUCCAACGGCAAGCUCACCAUCGAUGACGAGGGGUACUUUGAAAACCUCAUGCAGCUGGUUGAGCACUACACCAAAGAUGCUGAUGGUCUGUGCACCAAACUAAUAAAGCCAAAGCUGGAGGAAGGCACGGUGGCCGCUCAGGAAGAGUUCUCCAGGGGUGGCUGGUCGAUGAGCAGAAAAGACCUCAAGCUGCAGCAGGUUAUUGGAAAAGGAGAAUUUGGAGAUGUCAUGGUGGGAGACUACAGAGGGACUAAAGUAGCUGUGAAGUGCAUAAAGAACGAUGCUACAGCACAGGCCUUUAUUGAAGAGGCUUCUGUCAUGACGCAACUACGGCAUGAUAACCUAGUGGGGCUGCUUGGAGUGAUCGUCGAGGAGAACGGGAGUCUGUUUAUAGUUACUGAGUACAUGGCCAAAGGCUGUUUGGUUGACUACUUGCGUUCCAGAGGCCGGACAGUACUUGAUGGAGAAGCUCUCCUUAAUUUUGUUCUAGACGUCUGUGAAGCCAUGGCUUACCUGGAAAACAACAACUUUGUCCACCGAGAUUUAGCAGCCCGCAACGUUCUUGUGUCAGAAGACAACAUGGCCAAAGUCAGUGACUUUGGUCUGACCAAAGAGGCCUCCUCCACUCAGGACACUGCCAAGCUGCCGGUGAAGUGGACCGCCCCGGAGGCUCUCAGGGAAAAGAAAUUCUCCACCAAAUCGGAUGUUUGGAGCUACGGUAUUCUGCUUUGGGAGAUUUACUCUUUCGGCCGAGUGCCUUACCCAAGAAUUCCGUUAAAAGACGUCGUGCCUCGAGUGGAGAAGGGAUACAAAAUGGACUGUCCAGAUGGCUGUCCUGAAGUGGUGUAUAACAUCAUGAAACAGUGCUGGAACCUGGACCCUGCUGCUCGACCAAGCUUUCAGAUGUUGAAGGAGUGGCUACAACAUAUCAACCAAGGGAAAGGGAAAAAACCUUAACACAUCUGACAGAACGGAUA